UGGGCCAGUCCCGCCAGAGCGCGAGCCGCCCACCCCUAACGGUCGCCUGGGCGAGGGGCGGGAGGGGAAGGAAGGCGGGUUUAAAAGCGGAGAGCGCGAGCCAACGUCCUGGGAGACCCAGGUGUCGCGGCUUCCUGCCCCAUAGUGCCCGGCCCAGGUCCCUCCCUCCUCCCGCCCCCUUCCCUCCAGCUCUCCCCUCUGGCGCUUAAGAGGCGGCGGCGGCGGGGCGGGCGGCCGCUGCAGCCCGGGCGGCGGCGGAGCGGCGGGGAGGGCGACACAAAGCCGGCGCGCGGCGAGAUUGUGACUUACUGUUGCAUGGAACAGUGUGGAUCAGCUUUUAACCUUUGCGGAUCUUGUUAUUUCUAAUGUGCACCAUCUGAUUGACAAGAUGGUGACUUCCUGUUUGAGAGUUAGCACUGUUUUAGUAUAACAGAUCUAUGGUGAUAGAAUUUUAUCUGAACACUGCUAUGCUCCUCUCCACUUGAUUUAAAAGAUAACAAGAAGAAUCAGCAGACUUGAAGCAUGAGUUCAGAUUCCAGCCAAGGCGUAAUCACCACUCCUCCCCCUCCCAGCAUGCCUUACAAAGAGAGGUAUUUUGACCGCAUCAAUGAAAAUGACCCAGAAUACCUUCGGGAGAGGAACAUGUCUCCUGAUCUACGACAAGACUUCAAUAUGAUGGAGCAGAGGAAGCGAGUUACUCAAAUCUUGCAAAGCCCUGCCUUUCGAGAAGACCUGGAAUGCCUUAUUCAAGAACAAAUGAAGAAAGGCCACAACCCAACUGGAUUACUAGCUUUACAACAGAUUGCUGACUACAUCAUGGCCAAUUCUUUUUCAGGCUUUACUUCAUCUCCCCUCAGUCUUGGCAUGGUCACACCUAUCAAUGACCUACCAGGAGUGGAUACUUCCUCAUACGUGAAGGGAGAAAAACUUAGUCGUUGUAAACUUGCCAGCCUGUAUAGACUUGUGGACUUGUUUGGAUGGGCACACCUGGCAAAUUCAUAUAUCUCUGUAAGAAUAAGUAAGGAGCAAGACCACAUUAUAAUAAUUCCUAGAGGCCUGUCUUUUUCAGAAGCCACAGUCUCCAAUUUGGUAAAAGUCAAUAUAAUAGGAGAAGUGGUUGAUCAAGGAAGUACCAAUUUGAAAAUUGACCAUACAGGAUUUAGUCCUCAUGCUGCAAUCUAUUCAACACGUCCCGAUGUUAAGUGUGUGGUACACAUCCAUACCCUUGCCACAGCAGCUGUUUCCUCCAUGAAGUGUGGGAUCCUUCCAAUUUCUCAAGAGUCCCUGAUCCUGGGAGAUGUUGCCUAUUAUGAUUACCAAGGGUCACUUGAUGAACAGGAGGAGAGAAUUCAAUUGCAGAAAGUUCUGGGGCCAAGUUGUAAGGUGCUGGUGCUCAGAAAUCAUGGUGUGGUAGCACUAGGAGAAACAGUUGAAGAGGCUUUUCACUAUAUUUUCAAUGCACAGAAAGCCUGUGAAAUUCAGGUGAAGGCACUAGCAGGGGCAGGUGGAAUAGACAAUUUGCUUGUAUUGGAUCUUCAGAAGUUUAAAGCUUUCACCCACACUGUGGCAGCAGCUGGAGGAGGAGGUGUGAAUAUGAGCUCCCAUCAAAAAUGGAAGGUUGGCGAGAUUGAGUUUGAAGGACUGAUGAGGACUCUGGACAAUUUGGGAUAUAGAACAGGCUAUGCUUAUAGGCAUCCUCUCAUUCGAGAGAAGCCUAGGCACAAGAGUGAUGUGGAAAUCCCAGCAACUGUGACUGCUUUCUCCUUUGAAGAUGAUACAGUGCCACUGUCUCCUCUCAAGUACAUGGCACAGAGACAGCAGCGUGAAAAAACAAGAUGGCUGAACUCACCAAAUACUUACAUGAAAGUGAAUGUGCCUGAGGAGUCUCGGAAUGGGGAAACCAGUCCCAGAACAAAAAUCACAUGGAUGAAAACAGAGGACUCCUCUAAAGUCAGUAGUGGAACACCUAUCAAAAUUGAAGAUCCAAACCAAUUUGUCCCUUUAAACACAAACCCAAAUGAGGUACUAGAAAAGAGAAAUAAGAUUCGAGAACAAAACCGAUAUGACUUAAAAACAGCAGGACCGCAGUCUCAAUUACUUGCUGGAAUUGUUGUGGAUAAGCCUCCUUCUACCAUGCAAUUUGAAGAUGACGAUCAAGCCCCACCAGCUCCUCCCAACCCCUUCAGCCAUCUCACAGAAAGAGAACUUGAAGAGUAUAAGAAGACAAUCGAACGUAAGCAACAAGGCCUGGAAGAUGCAGAGCAAGAGUUACUCUCAGAUGACGCUUCAUCUAUUUCACAAAUUCAGUCUCAACCUCAGUCACCGCAAAAUAUCCCUGAAAAAUUAGAAGAAAACCAUGAGCUAUUUUCCAAGAGCUUCACCUCCAUGGAUGUGCCUGUCAUGAUAAUGAAUGGCAAGGAUGAUGUGCAUGAUGUUGAAGAGGAGCUUGCCAAGCGAGUGAGUAGGUUGACUACAAGCACGACCAUAGAAAACAUCGAGAUUACUAUUCAGUCUCCAGAAAAGAUCGAAGAAGUGCUGUCAGCUGAAGGAUCCCCUUCAAAAUCACCAUCCAAGAAAAAGAAGAAAUUCCGUACUCCUUCAUUUCUGAAAAAGAACAAAAAAAAGGAAAAAGUUGAAGCCUAACUAAAAUCUCUUUUAUAGUUAUUAUUACUACAAUGUGAUGUUGCACACUUAAAUACCGCAUUUAAGUUGAUCAUUGUUAUGCAGUGGUAGAUCAGAUUGGGGGUCUGUAGCAAACUGGACUUUCAGAACUGGAAAAAGAUUUUACUAAAAGAAAAACAAUAUAAAGAUAUUUUCAAGUUCAUCUCUCAUAUGUCAAAAAUGGCUUCAAAUUUUUCAAUGACUAGUUUUAAUUAGCUCUGCCCUCGUGAAGUACAUUUAUAAUUCACCUCAAACAGAUUUGCCUGAGUUACUUCAGGCCUUCAGAACAUCUCUUGGAAAGAAAUUACCAGUGAACAAGUAAGAAUUUUUAUUUCUCUACACUUGGUUCAUUUGGUAAUCAGUUUAUAAUUUUUUAUCAUGAUUAUAGACUGUACCUUUGUGCUUCCCAUUGUUUCAGUGGGUAUUGGCAGAAUGUUUUAAAAGCUUCUAAAAUAAUACUCUCUAGCAUUAGAAUACACUGGCACAUACUUUUUAAAAAAAAUUUAAGAAAAACCUCGUUUGAAAUUUUAUUCAAAGUAUAAAAUUUCUUCACCUAAAGUAACUUACUUUGCCAAAAAAAUCAUUUUAGUAAGCUAUAAUUUUUGAAAACUUCCUUUUUUAUUAGUUUAGAAAGCCCCAUAUUUUUCAACAAAGGGGAUUUUGUAUACAUAACAUGGGUUAGUUUAACUAUGGCAAAACCAAUUUUUGUAUGUUGAGGUGUUUGUAUACCAUUCAGUAUAAAAAUGUCAGAAGUAUAUUAGCCAGUCAUUUAACAGUAGAGCAUAUUUGAGUCUGCUUUAUACUAAGUAUACUUAAAUAUAUUUCAAAAAUCCUGGGACUUGGUAUCAAAAAGGGGAUUAUCACAUUUAAAGGUUAUACCUUUAAGUUCAUAUUUGGAUCUUUAAUAUAUUUUCUCUUAGUAUUGCUGACAAAUGAAGCUUUCAUUAGGUAACCAAAGGAAAAAGAAUGAGAAACAAAUAGAAGGGAACCAAAAAAAGAUGUGAUGGAAAGAAUUCUAGUUUCAUAAUGACCUAUUUAUUCACAGUUGAAUUGGAAAUAGUGCUUAUUUGAAACAUAUCCAGUUUUUCUAAAGUUCUAAUUCUCUGCCAAAAUCAUUGUAUUUUUUGGUUGAUAUUUUCAUUUUAAAAGGGUCAAAUCUCUAACAUAUAUAAUCUUAGAGGGCAACAUUAAAAGAAAAGUGAUUCUAAUUCCCCCAGUGAGAGAACUACCACUUACUGAUUUUUUUUUACAAAUCGUUCUUGUUUUUCAGUUACCUUUAUUUUUAAUGUAAAUACAGAUUUAAACCUAGACUUAAUAUAGUUUUUCCCCCCUUCACCCAAGUGAUGUCACAAAUCAGUGUAAAAUUAAAUGAUCAAAAUGGUCAGUGAGUAUAAACAAUCCCAAGUGUUUCUGGAGGGUGAGUCGGCAUGUGAAAAAACUACAUUGAUUACAGUGUGUUCUCAGACUGGUUCUGUUUGUGUGUGUAUGAUGAUGCAAAGUUGAAACAGAACCUGGAAACUUCAUUUUAGAUCUCACUAACUACUGGAAUCGGUGUUUUAAUCUCUUAGUGGAAACUUUCAGUUGCUAAUUAUGUAUUUGAAGUCCUGUUUUGUUCAUCAUUUCUGUUGUAUUACUAUGUAUGUGGAAACAGUAACCUGUGAACUAUGCUUUUCCAUAAUUUUUUAAAAUAUAUAUAUAUCUUAAAUGAAUGCAAUGUGCAUAAAUAUUUUUUAAAUGCAACAGUGAACUAUUUGCACCUUUUGCUAAUGCCUCUAUUUACUUGCUUUGGCAUAAAGAAUGAGCCAAUGAACCUCUGUGUCCUGUGGAAAAUGUAUAAAUGUUAUCUGAUAUUGCUCUUAGAUGUAAUGCUAAUUAAUGUUAAAUCACAAAUAAACAGUAUUUUAAGUAGA